AUGUCAAGAAGAUCAGGUAGAAGAUCAAUAAAUUUGGAGUCAAAAAAUUCAUCAGAAGUCGAAUUAGAUGAUAAUAAUUUUGAUACAAAAAAUUCAACACGAGGAACCAGAAGUAAUGAUAAUGUAGAAGAAGAAGAGGAAAUUGAAAGAGAUAAUGGUGAAGUAGAAGAAGAUGAAAAUCAAAAUAAUAAUAAUGAUUCAUCAAUUGAAGAUGAAGAAGAAGUAACUAGAUGUAUAUGUGGUCAAGAUGAAUUACAUUCAGAAUUAAUAAACCCCAAUUUAAUAACUUUUUUGAAAAAAGAGUAUAGAAUAACUAUAGAUCAAGGAUUAUUUAUUCAAUGUGAAGAAUGUGGAGUUUGGCAACAUGGUUAUUGUGUUGGAUUAUAUGAAAAUGAAGAUGUGCCAGAUAAGUAUUGGUGUGAACAAUGUAAACCAGAAAAUCAUACAUUAAUAUCUGAUCCAUAUCUGAAAAGAACAUUAUAUAAACCAGUUAAUGAUAAAAGAAAAAAAUUAGAACAAUUUGGUUCUGAAGAAUCAAAAGAUUUGAAAUCAAAUUUAACAACCACUACUACACUUGAUGAAGAUAAUAAUGAGAAUUCAAAAUAUAAUAAAAGGAAAAGAACCGAUAAAGUAUCACCACCAGCACAACCGAAACAUAAGAGAAAAGAAAGAAGUCAUCAUCAUAAUCAUAUUGAGGAAGAUAUAUAUGAUAAACAACUACAAAAAGCAUUGAGAGAAAGUGCAAAAGAAUCAGGUAUAGUAAUAGAUGAAAGUGAUGCUGAUAGUUUAUCACCAAGGAAAAGAAAUAGUAGAGCGGCUUCAUUGAAUUCAUCAUCUAAUAAUCAAGAACUACCUAAAAAACUUAAAAAAGAACCCAACACUAGCAACAAUGAAGAGGAUGAUGAAGUGGAAUUAGAAUCAACAACUACAACUACCAAAACCAAUACCAACCCUCCAAUAACUAGUGGAAGAAGAAAACCAGAUUAUAAGAAAUCCAAAAACAAGAUCUCCAAGAAAAAACGAGAUUUGAACUCAUCUUCCUCAUCUCAAUCAUCAAAUCAAGAUGUGAAUCAAGCAAAUACCACCACCAACACAACAACAACCUCAAAUUCAAGCUCAUCAAAUCCAUCUUCUUCUUCAUUCACAAUCAACAAAGAUGAAAUAAUUCAGCUACCUUAUAAACCAAGAUAUGUUUCACAAAAAUCUUCAAUAUAUGAUUUAAGAAAAAGAACAAGUGCAAUAAUAGAAUGGAUAUCAAGAACAAAACAAGAUCUUAUUGAAGAAAGAAAAUAUAAAUUUGAAUUAUAUUCUUUUACUCCCGAUUCUGAAGAAAUUCUAAAGGAAAAAAAUUUAUUUGAAUUGAAAUAUAAUGAAAAAUCGGAUUUAAUUGAUAAUUUGAGUUCGAAAAUUAAUGAUUGGGAAGUUCAAUUUGGUAAAUAUGCUCCUUAA